UUUUGAUUGGUCUAAAAACUAUUAACAUUUUAGUGGCCUUAAAAAAAUCAAUUUUAAGUUGUCUCAAAAGUCUUGUCAUCUUUUUCUUCUUUUCCAUUCCUUCUGCAACUUGUUACGUCCAUGUCACCUUGUACGAUUUCCAUGGAAGACUCAAUGGCGAUAAAUCUGGAAAAGCAUGCGGCACUUGUAAAAACGAUUACCGAUUUUGACCGAGAAGAUAUUGGACAGCGAGUAACUGCUUUAUCCCAAGAUUUAAACAAAGUCAAGAAUAUCCUUGUGACUGGAGGUGCGGGUUUCAUUGGCUCUUUUCUUGUGCGUAAAUUAGUCGUAUUGUAUCCCGAAUACCAUAUCUAUGUCAUCGAUAAACUGGAUUACUGUGGUUCGUUACAUAAUUUGAAAAGUGUCAAAGAAUUUCCCAACUAUUCGUUUGUCAGAGGCGAUAUUACUUCAGCAGACUUUAUUUCAUUUUUCCUCAAGGAAAAAAAGAUUGACGUUAUAUUUCAUUUGGCAGCACAAACUCAUGUCGAUAAUUCGUUUGGUGACUCUUUCGAAUUUACAAAAAAUAAUGUAAUGGGUACACAUGUUUUGUUAGAAGCUGCUAAAAUUAGAAAGAUUCAGCGAUUUGUUCAUGUCAGUACGGAUGAAGUAUACGGAGAAGUUAUCAAUGGUCCAGACUGUCCAGAGGAUACGAUCCUGUCACCUACCAAUCCUUAUUCAGCAACUAAAGCUGCAGCAGAAAUGUUGGUAAAGGCAUAUCAAAAAUCGUUUGGAUUGCCCAUCAUGAUUACACGUUCCAAUAAUGUUUAUGGACCUUACCAAUUUCCCGAGAAAAUCACAUCUAAAUUCAUUUGUAGCCUGUUACGAGGCAAAAAGUGCUACAUUCACGGUGAUGGGCAUAACUCCAGAAAAUAUUUAUAUGCUGCAGAUGUUGUGAAUGCAAUUGAUCUUAUAUUCCACAAGGGCGUUGUGGGGGAAACUUAUAAUAUUGGCUCUCCUUCUGAAAUUUCUAAUUUGGAAAUGGCAAGACGUUUGAUUUUACUGUUUGGAUAUAAGCAAGAUCAAGUCAAUGAUCAUAUUGAAUUUGUUAGAGAUAGAGCAUUUAAUGAUACUAGAUAUGCGAUAGAUUGUACUAAAUUAGAGAAACUUGGUUGGGAACCUAAAGUUGGAUUCGAAGACGGUUUAUUAAAAACGAUUGAAUGGUAUAGGAAUUGUACAGAAUCUUGGUGGGGCGAUAUCUCGAGUGCCCUUAUUCCUCAUCCAUUUAAAGUCAUACCAUCAUACAAUGAACCGUUAAAUUAGAAUCAAAGUAUUGUUUGCCAUAAAGAACGAUAUUGCGUAUCAUGACCUCAUUGUCUUGAUAAAUCAUGACCCUUAAGUUGCACAGAAAUUGCUUGAAUUUUUUAUACGUCAUUUGUUUCCCCUCUCUUUGUUCCUCUUUUUCUUAUAUUUCUCACUCAUCUGUGGGUUUUCGUUUUUUUUCCGCUUCUUUCAAUUAAAAAAAAAAAAAAAUAAUAAUGUCAACCAAAGCUCAACAACCAAAGACCUAUCAGUUUAAGCUUGUCCUUCUAGGUGAAUCAGCCGUAGGAAAGUCAAGUUUGGUAAUGCGUUUUGUCAAGGAC